AUGGUAACAGCGAAUUUAAAUUAUGAACGACGCCCGUCAUCGGAUGUAGAUGGCGAAGACGAUGAAAAUAGCAGUCGACACAUUCAAAAACGUCUUGAUCAUCUAUAUUUGGAUAAUUCUCAAUACACUCGUGCUCAAUAUCAACACUCACAAAGAACAAUGAGUUCACCAACUCAAGCACACGAAUAUCAUAUGACGUCGAAUACAGUUCCUGUAUACCGUCACGGACGAAAGUUCUACGUUCCCAUUGAAGAAUUUGAACGUCUUCGGAUGGAACAACGUCGACAACGUCGUACACUAAUGCAGAAAUCUCAAAAUUUGCCUGUAUCAAAAGCUCAUCAAACAACUGUCCGUACACCAUUGUUAUCCUCAUACAAUUCAGUUCAUCGGAGCACUUCUCAUCCACAUGAUUAUCGGUAUGGAAUACUUCGUGUCCCACAUUUACCUCUAAAUCCCAUAAUGAAUCAAACACGAUAUGAAUCAACCAGACAGCCCCGUUUAACAUCGCGAUAUUAUGACGAUCGUGAUGACGCAUCUUCGUAUACAUCAGCCUUACCAAUCAAAUUACCAACGACAACUAUUCGAUCGAAUUCAUCGGAUAAAGUAUUGGACCUCCAAAGGACUCUUCCACUACCGAAUUGUUCCUACAGUGAUUAUAUUCCGGAUGAUUACGAUUUAAAACGUUCAUUUUCAGCGGAAAUUGUUCAUCCACCUGAAUCUCAACGGCAACAACCACCUCAACCAGCCGUGUUAACUCGGCGGAUAAUUCCUACUCCAACGGUUGAUUACAGUGUAGCAACUGUUUCUUCCUAUUCACCAACAUCAACUGAGCAAAUAUACAAUCCAUCUAGUGCUGCAAAGCUAACUAACUAUUAUAGUCGAUUGAAAUCAACAUCGUCAAAUUCCACACUAGAACCAGUUACUUCUGCUUUAUCUGGGACAGGUCUUAUCUAUGAAAGAAAUCCACCAGAGGCGGAACAAGUUUACUCAAGUGCGUCAAUUCGUCGUCCCAGAAGUGCUUUACCGUCGACGCUGACACGAUCGUCAUCCACCAAUAGUCACAAUGAUUACUACUACCGUGAAGCAACUAGCGGAUCAUUUUCCGACGAUAAUUCUUCAUCUCCAUCAAUGUUAAUCCAACGUCGGAAUACGGGUACCAACCGUUAUCGUCGAUCGCAAGCUGAUGUUGAAACAGAUGACGAUUAUCGACAACGAGCAGAAAUAAACAUUCGUCCAACUGCACGAAGUCAUUCAAGUGACGGUUUAACAGAAAAAAAACGUGUUCGUUUUGCUGACAUGGAAGGUUACACAUUAGAAACAGUUCCGGAUAUCGAACAAGAUCGUUCUCCGACGAGUGGUCGUUCCCUCAACAGACGGCCGUAUGCUCCAACACCAAACCAUUUCCGAGGACAAGUACAACCGUUUCAUAAUCCAUUCUAUCAAACAACCGCUAGAGCUAGUAGUAAUGGAAGCAAACUUGCGACCGAUGUUUAA